AUGCUAAGUUAAAAAAUAGGAAAAUACUCUUGAAAACGCACACAUGUGAGAGGCAAUUAUCGUUUAUUUCUCUCUAGACUGUUUAGUAACUCGAUAUCACGGUUGUCAAAGACAAAACUCGGUAACCAAGACAUAGAAGAUAUGAGACUUUUAUCAUUAUUGAACACCCAAGCUAAUGAACAACAACCGGAAAUGAUAUUUUUAUAUUAUCCUCUUGGAUUAUAAAUUAAAGUUGAAAUCCUUUUCUAAAUAUGGCAUUGGGCCGUUCUUAACCCUAACUGCGCUUUCUCCAAUGGCGAUAAACAUGAAUAUUGGAUAUUAUGCUAUUUAUAUUUAAACUGAAAGUUUUAAAGCUUCUUGCAGAUGACUUUAUAGCAAGUGUUGCAAAGAAUACAUCGCUUUCGAUAAGGUCUGGUGAUCACACAGUUGUUGUCUCUUGGAUUUGUCCACCUUGAACAUAUAACAUGGAUAAAGUCCUUCAAAUCUUGAGAAAUUCGUGGCUCAUAAUCUUUGUUUUGAAUUUGGAAUUAAGCAGUGUCCAUUGCUGUUUACCAGAACCAGAAAACGCAGUGCUGCCACCAAAAUUCAUAUUUGAAGCCUUUCCAUCGGUGAACGUCAGUCUUGGGGACCGACUUGAGAUAAAGUGCAGCGCUCAGAACACAUCAAAUAUUAACAGCAUUCAAUUGCUCACGAGAAACGAGGUAAAACAGUUUAAACCAACGUGCAACGUUUCUUCGGACGGAGGAGUUUGUAGUUUCGUGAUAAAGAAUGUUGAACUUUGGCAUUUUGGAAAAUACGAUUGUAUUAAAAUAUAUAAAGACAUGCGUUGCUACAGUAAGUCACUGAUCAUAGGAAAAGCCGUUGUAAACCCGACAUCAUUGACGACGUCAACUACGAAAUCUUUAAAAACAAUUGCUAUGAACCCAGAAACAGCAACUACGAUGAGACUACGGGAAACAACUGUUAUUAACACACAAACAACAACUCACAUGGAAACAGAAGAAACGUUGCUUGAAGAAGUGACAAAAAAAACAGCUGUAAAUGUUACAAUCAUCGUCUCCGAGAAUCCUACAUCAAAUGGUUGCAGAAAAUCAAUUUCAUCGCGAACGCUGGGAUUUGUCAUUUUGGCAUUUACCAUAGCGGUUGCAUGGGUUAUUUAAUUGACCUAUAAAUAUGAAUAUCUACGUUCAAACGUAGCCUAAACCUCGCUGCACGAAGAGAGAUGACUUCGUCAACGAUAUGAUAUAAAAACCUAGUUACGAAAUACAACUUACGAAACUACUGCACUAAUUACGAAAUAAAACCAGCAGCUUUGUUACAACCAAUUUUGUGAAUAAUCUCUAAAGACACUCAAUUAAUACCUUAAGUAUUACAUGUUAAUUAAUUAUACGCCUAUGAUAGCCCCUUAGUAUUUUAAAAAUCGUGCCCACCAACGCCAUUAAAUUGACCUAAAGUGACUAAAUGAAUGAAGAGUACAAAUGGAAUAAUAAACAAUUGAUUGAUCUCCAUUUGCCAAACAUUUAAUACUAUAGUUUAUAAGAUGGCUGUCUAAAUAGACAAA